ACUUCACCAGCUUACUUUAGCACAGUUUGCUGCUUAAAGUGAGUGUACCUUAGUAUAACAACAUGGUUUUUUGGAUUAUUGUUCUGCUUUUUACAAUUGUACCAAUAAGUCGUGCAGAAAAUGAAGUUGACUUGUAUAAAUACACGGCAGAAGUAAAGGCUGAAGUCUACGAGCCAAUACGAUUUGAAUCGAGUUCUAAAGUUAAUGCUAAUCUACACAUACAGCAGGAAUCAAAAGAGAGUGAUUCAAUAUCGUAUAUUAUUAAACUUCAAAAUAUAACCGUUUCUGAAUAUAAUGGGCGGUCAAAGGAUAAAUAUUUAAGAACAACAACAACAUACACACCCAAAGGUUCUGAAAUAAUUGAAAAACCUUUCCUUGUCGUGUAUGGAGAAGAUGGUCAGUUUCAAGGUGUCAAAUUUCUAAACGAUGAUGCGAGUUGGUCGAUAAACGUUAAAUUAUCGAUCGCUUCUGCCCUCCAAUAUAAUGGGACGAUAGUAAAAAAAGGCAAAUCUAAUAUUUCUUAUUUUCAAAAUGAGUAUACUAUCCAUGGGAACUGCAGAGUUUCUAAUGACUUUAUAACAAAACCGAAAGGUAAUAAAAAAGGAAAGAUUAUACGUUUAACCAAGAAUUAUGUGCCAAAAUAUUGCAGUGAAUAUCCUAGAGACAUAUUUGAUGUCUCAUUUGACCAAUGUUUUAAACAAUUAGCCGACGAUAACAUUUCUUCUGUUAAUAAGGUAUACGAAAUUCAUGUGCAAGGAAAAUCUACUAAAUUGAUGAAAUAUGAAGGUGAUGAAAUCGAAACGCGAAUGCCUUAUCUUCACAAAUCAGAUGGAUUAGUUUUACGAACUAAGCAAACAAUUGUUUAUGAAAAAUCAGAUGCAAAACGUCUUUCGGGGUCAAUUUUUAAUGAGGAACGCUUAGUACAGGAUGUAAUAUAUGACAAAACAACAACGUACGUUGCUGAUGGAGCAAGAAAUGAUAUAACGCAAGGACGACACGACUUUGGAAAAGGAAACGUAACGAAAGUAAUAGAACUUUUAAAGGCAUCAUACGAUUAUAUGAACAGCGAUCGGUUUAUUAAACAAGAUCCCGACAUUAAAAACAGCAACAAUAUUAAUAAAAUAUUCGAUUCAUUGCUUUUUUUCGAUUACAAUUCGACUAAGGUUUUAUGGAAUGAAUUAAAUGACCAAGAAAAGACAGACAAAAAUAUUUUUAUAAGGAAAAUUUAUCUAGAUAUUCUAUGUUAUGUUGGAACUGAUGCAAGUGCAGCAACUAUACGUGAUGCAAUUCGAUUUGGUGAGAUUACCGAUACCGAAGCUUUCGAUGUGCUUUCAAAAUUUCCGCAAUAUGUUCUAGAACCGAAAGAAGAUAUCUUAGAAGCAAUGGAAAUAUUAUUACAUUUAGAUGAAAAAAUAUCGCAUGAUGUAAAGAAAGCUGGCAUUCUAGGAUUUGCAUCACUUGUGUAUCGCAUAUAUGAAGACCAUUCAGAUGUAACAAUACCGGAGAGGCUUGAAAAAUAUCUGCAGUAUUUCAACAAUAAACUUCAAGAUGCUAUCAAGGCCCAGGACAAUGAAAUGAUACUCGUUUAUAUAAUGGUGUUUCAAAAUAUUAAAAUCGGCAAUAUCGAGCGAUUUCUUUGGCCAAUUUUGCGCAAAGAAGUCAAAAUUCAAAAUGACGGCGAUCGUAUUCGCGUUGCUACUGCAUUUGCUCUCUUUGGCGGCAUCAGUAGUAAUCAUGAGCUGGUUCACAAUGUAUACUUUCCCAUUUUCUCUGACGAAAGUGAAUACAUGCCACUGCGCACUGCCUCUUUUUUACGACUUAUGUACGUCACACAGUUAGAAAAUCAAACCCGUCCUAUGGAGAUGUACUGGCAAUAUACCGCUCAGAAAAAUCCGCUGAUUAGGAAUUUACUAUCGUCAAACAUCUUAACCCAUGCCAACUUCGGUACAACUUGUAGACAAACUAUACGAGAAAUGUACGAGAAAAUUGUCAAGUUCGCUGAACUAAAAAAAGUCAAUUUCAGUAUACCAUCGGUAAGUUUUAUUGAUUACUCGAUCAAUAAAUAUGCCUUUGGCGAAGCAAUGAUACAAUAUAUUUUAAAAAUUAAUGAAAAUACGGGAUUAGCCGAUAUUGGGGCUUUCAUAUAUAAUGUAGCCGAUGGCCGAAAACCAGGACCUUUUAUUCAAUUUUACUGGAUGUUUGAUGAUCUUGAAAAUAUAAUUUUAGACGGAUUAAAGUAUUUUCUAAACGAAGAUCCAGAUAUUAAAAAAUUAAUAACCGAAUAUGAAUCGAAGAGUUCUACAAAUUCAACAUUAGCUAUUAUCCCGUUUUAUGGGUUUCAAGCUACUCAAGUGUACUAUUACGAUACUAAUUCAUUGGAAGACUAUAAGGAACAGUUUUGGCAACAAAUAUUUAAUACUAUGAAUUUCACAACAAUAUAUUAUAGUAAAUUUAAGGAAUCUACUGCAGGAACAGAUAUUGGUGUUCCUAACUAUUUUCACCAUCAUGAACCGACACUUUUUUCAUUCAAAGUUUAUUCUAAUGCCAAAUUAGAAGAUAAAACCGUGAAUGUAAAAUUAAAUCUCAAAUUUAAUACUUGGGCCGACAAUUCAUACGACUUAUCAAUUUACAAUUCACUAGCUGACACAUUUCACCAAGUUCGCCGAUCUACAUAUGUCGAUACUAUGUUGCCAAUUAGUUUUGAGUUAUCGUAUAACGUAGAAACAAAAACAUUACAAAUUUCGGUUUCUGAAACUACGGAUACUGACGAAUUCCGAACAAAAUUAUCUACUUAUUCUAAGGUCUAUAGUACGCUAUACAGUAGCAAUUCUGAUGAAUGUCAACCUUUGUGCAGUAAAACCGUAACCAAGGGGAAAAAUGCUAGAAAAGAAUUCCAAAGUGCUUUUGAAUCAAAUUUGACCAGUAUAAAGUAUAAUUUGGACAUAUACGAUUGCGAAACUGGGUUUAGUCCAGACGUUGAUGAGCAAGAGUGGCUUGAUGCUGUUAAUAAUCCAGACAGAAAUAAUUUAUUUGGUCCGACAUUCGAAGACUUUCUCGUAGCGAAGCAAAAACUAGUUGAAGACAUGAUGUCUGCAAGGCCAGGAAUAUGUGGGAUGAUCAAAGAAUUUCUACCAAUCAACGGAAACCUUUCUUUUGUUGUUAAAUUAAAAUCCGAUUGAAUUUGCAGAAACUUUUCGAUCAUUCAUUUUAUAAAGCAGACCUAGUUGUGCUUGUAACGUAAUAUGAAAUAAAUAAUUAUGUGUACAAUAUU